CUCCAUAGCAUCACACACACGCGACAAUGUCACCAAGACGAGGAGACGUAUCGCCGCUCUCACGCAAGCGGCGCGCGAGCGCCUCGCCCACCGCGGCGUCGAGCAGCACGCUGCCGAGCAACGACGACGACAACGAGCACCGCUGCGCCAUCUGUCUCAUGGGCCUGCGGGACCGCACCGCUGCCGGCGAGUGCGGGCACGAGUUCUGCUUCACCUGCAUCGGGGUCUGGGCGAACCAGGGGCGCCGGUGUCCGCUGUGCAGCGCGCCGAUGGGCACCGUGCUGCUGCACGACCUCGACGCUGACGUGCCGACAAAAUUCCACCUCCCCCCACUGCCAGAUCAGAGCAGCUUCCGCCGCCGAAGACCAGUCAAGGACGCGCUGCCGCCGGCGCCGGCGCUCGCGACCAGGCGGGGGGUGUACGAGCGGGGCGUGUGGGCGCUGCACGUCGCGUCGAACGCAUACACGAGCUUCAGCGCGAACCCGUCGCCGCGCGAGGUGGCCGCCGACGGCGCGAUCGCGCAGCGCGCGCGGACGUUCCUCGCCCGCGAGCUGCUCGUGUGGGCGCCGCCAGACGACGUGGCCGCGCUAGCCGACCACCUCGUCGGCCUGCUCCGCGCGGUGGAUGUGCGCUCGGACGCCGCGGUGCGCGUGCUGCACCCGCUCGUGGGCGGCACGUACGACCACGCGGCGGAGCACCUCGCACACGAACUGUACUCUUUCCUCCGGAGCCCGUUCGCCACGCUCGAGCAGUACGACAGCGCAGUGCAGUACCCCGACGCGCCGGCCACCAUUGGCGAAGCUCCGCGCCGCGCAAGGUCGGCAAGCGUGUCGACUAUCGACUCGGACGAAAGCCGCGCCCAGUGGUCGCCGCGCAGCCGGAGCCGCAGCAGGAGUCGAAGCCGCAGCCCAAGCAGGAGCAGGAGCCCCGGACCAGACCACUACGCGCCGCCGCCGCCGGCGCGCGGCGAGCGGCGGUGGGACGAGGCCGACUCGUGGGUCGACCCGGAGUACGCUGCGUGGCUGGAGCGCGAGCGGCGGCCUGCAGGACGGCGCGCGGACCGGUCCGCACGGCGCAGAGAGCAGAGACUGCGCGCGAGGGAGCGUCUCGAGGGCGAGCGCGAGCGGCGCGAGGGGCGCGAGCUGCUCCCCGACGCGGACGGGGGCGCGGCGUUCGAGCGCGCUGCCGCGUCUGCGGGCUUGUCGAUCCGCGGCACGGCCGAGCGCCGCGAGAGCCUGCUUGCGCGGUUACGCCAGGCCAAGGUCGAGCGCGAGGCUGUCGCGUCGGCGAGCGCGUCCCCGGAGCCUCCUGCUGCGCCGGCUGCGGCGGCUGCGGCGCCCGGGGAGAACGAGCGCCGCGCCAAGGAGCUCAAGGAGCGCUUGAUCGCCGAGCGCAAGGCUAAGAACUUGCGCGAGCACCUGCUUGCCCGGAAACGCGCCAAGACGGCCGCUGAGGACAAGGGCGACGAGGGCAAGGCCGAGGUCGUCGACGACACGGCCGCAGCAUUGUAG